GCUGCAAAUAAGACUGUUCAUGUGAGAAGUCAUUAGAAAACAUGCGGCGCCGUCAUCCUUUAACUGCUUCCUGUCUUCUUCUUCUUCAUGGUUUUGCCAGUGGAAACAUCCGGUCGUUGAUCAUGAGGGCUCCCACUGCAGUUUUGUGAAAUAAAUCUGCUCUAGUGCCAAAACCUUCUUCAAAAAAUUAGUUUUCUUUAAUUGCUGCAUUUCCAUUAAGAAAAUCUAUUUUUGAAAUGUCAAAUUGGGCAAUUAUGUAAAACUUUACAGCAAUUCCUCAUAGCCAGCAUGCACAGGGCGACAGUGGAGAGGAAAAACUCCCCUUUAGCGGGAAGAAACCUCCAGCAGAACCAGAACACAGGUCAGUACCAGUGGCCGUCCGCCUCGACCGACUGGAGGUCAGAGAAGUCAGAGCAGACAGGAACAGAAGAACUGAACCAGGAGAACUUUCUAUGUUAGAGAAGUAAAAUGUUAACAGGAAGAACGAUGAGCUGAAGCAGCAAACAGAAGUCAGAGCAGGUGGAGCUUCAGAGAAACAACAGAAAACAUCAAGUUUAAAUAACAAAAGAUGCAAAGUGGAGAGAAGAACGUUUGUCCUCCAGCAACUUGAUGACAGGAUAACCUGAGCCUUUAAUCCUAGUCUAGAAAGUAUUCAAAGUAUCUGUUUGUAGAACCUCCAGAACCAGCAGUAACCCGUCUGGUACCGGCAGGUUCUGGAAGGAACACCUGGACCAAUCAGAUCCUCCGAUUUUAUCCUUUAAUUUGGUCAAUAAUUCUCGUCGUGGUAUCUAUUUAGCUUAAUUGUCUAUUUAAAGCGUCUAAGAGCCUUAGCAGCGGUUAAUGAUUCACCUGGCAUAAAUAAAGACGUUUUAGUUUGAAAAGAUUGUUUCCUCUCGCUACGUUUCGCUGCUUCAGCAGAAUCCACUUCCUGUUUACACCGCCGCGUUUUUAGCUUGUCUGAAAAUUAACUGGCAAUGGAAGAGUUCAGAUUGUUCCUGCUGGAAAAUUUAGAUCUGCUUCAAAAGAGAAACACCCAGGAAAGGAAGAAAAAACAUUUAAAUAAUGACAGAUUGAAUCUCUACUGUGCAGGACGGUAAUUACAACAGCAGCAGGUUUACAUGAAACUCAGAGUAAAAAUGACUCAAACCUGCUGAAUUUUACCAUAUUCAAGCUUUAUUGAGAUUUUAUGUGACAAACCAAUAGAAGGCUGCUCAUAUUUGUGAAAUGGAAGUAAGUGAUCCACAUUUUAUUAUUUUAAUAAAUAAAAAUCUGAAAAGUGCGGUGUACCUUUGUAUAGAACUGCCUUUUGCUCCCGUUACUUCUGGGGUCUUUUCCACCAGUGCUGCAUGUCUAGAAAUCAACUUUUUUAUGGAUUCUUCCAUGCAGAAUCUGUAUGGACAGAAAUAUUCAAGUCUUGGCUCAAACUCUCCGUCAGAUUUAGGUCUGUACUUUGACUAGGCCCAUUCUUCUGUCUCCCUGGCAUUGUUAUCGUUUUCCUUUCUGAGGUUCUUGGAUGGAACGUGAUGAUGAUGAUGGUUUGUGGCAGAACUUUGUUUUCAGAGUCUGUUAUUACAUUAAACAUGUAAAUAUUUUUGAAGCGAACAUCCCAUAAUCAGCUCCUUGCUGCUCUGUAAACACUCCUGCAACAACACUGUUAUUCUGCUUACCGUUGCUUGGGAAACCCGUCCAGCUUUUGGAGAUAGCCUGCAGGGUUCAGGUUUGUUUCCAAACAGACAGAAAACACUCGGAUCGCAGCUCUGUGGAGGCUUAGGGCUCAUUUUUAUUCAAAAUCUAUUCUUUCUGAUCUGAUUCUGUGCAGAACUCAGUGAACUGAUUCACAUUUAAUCUGAUUGCGUAAUAACCCUGCGGUGAGUUCAGAGAUCCAGACGGGAGGUGAAUGAAGUUUGAAAGUCCUCGCAGGUCAUGCUGCUUUUAUAAAUACCAGCCUGGAGGCGGUCCAGUCCCGCCCCUCGGCCCGCUGGCAGCCUGGCUUGUUGGAGAAGGUGUCCGCUUUCUUCUGCCCCCUCAGUGGGGCGGUCAGAUGUCCCUAACGGCCUUCAUUCAAAGUUUCUUCUGACCAUAUGGCGACAUCCAGAGGGAACAGAAAGGGCCGAGGGGUGCGAAGGGGACACUUUCCACUCGAUGUAUUAAAAUAUGAGUCUGCUGCCCGAGAGAUGAAGAAAUGUGUUUAUGUGUUAAAGUGUUGCAGAAACCCCAGCUGGUCAGCAUGGAUCCUCCAGAGAAGGCAGGGAAGAGGCGAGGCGCCGCAGCGCCCGACGGCGGCUACGCCUGGCUCAUCCUGCUCUCCUGCUUCUUCGUCUUCGGCCUGACCUUCGGUGUGAUCAAGUCCUUUGGUAUAUUUUUUGUUGAGAUCCAACAGUACUUUGAAACCACAGCAGCAGGAACGUCAUGGAUCACCUCCAUCGCCGUGGCGACCAUUCACAUAGCAGCCCCGGUCUCCUCCGCUCUGAGUGCGCGCUUCAGCCAUCGCGCUGUGGUAAUCUCGGGCGGCCUCAUCUGCAGCGCCGCCGUCGUGUUCGGCGCUUUGGCCCGCAGUCUGACUGAACUCUACAUAACUGUGGGUUUCCUAAACGGUUUCGGCUAUGCGCUGACCUGGACCCCCACCGUCACCAUGCUGGGCCUGUACUUCGACAGGAGGCGCCCGGUCGCUAACGCCUUGGCUAGCGCUGGAGAAUGCAUCCUGACGUUCAGCCUCACGCCGCUGUUCCAGCUGCUGAUCGACAGCUUCUCCUGGAGGGGCGCGCUGCUCAUCCUGGGGGGGCUGCAGCUCAACUUGUGUGUGUGUGGCAUGCUGCUCCGGCCCCUGAGGGCCCCAAGAGAUGCUAACGUUAUCAGGAAGGUCAAAGAAGAAGAGGAGAGCCUCCAGAAAGGAGACCUGGAGGAAACCAAGCGGGGCUUUCGAUUGGAAAGUGAGCUGAACGUCCUAGAAAUGAACGAUCAGGAGACUGUGAAAGAUUGUGUUGAAGUUCCUGAUGAGACGUCCAGUGUGACCGGGAACUCUUCAACCGGUCCAAAGAGGACCCAACUGAGGACUAGAGUCCAGCACUAUGUCGAUUACACGCUCAUCACUAAUGGCCGCUUCAUGGUCUACUCCAUGUUCGGGGUGUUUGCGGCGCUCGGGUUCUUCGCGCCGUCGCUCUUCCUGGUUCCGUACGCUCGCAGCCAGGGGCUGAAUGAGUACCAGGCGGCGGCCCUGCUGUCCAUCUCUGCGGUGCUCGACCUCUUCGGCAGAAUCUUCUUCGGCUGGGUGGCGAACCUGAGGCUGAUUCAGACGGUCCAGCAGCUCACCGCCACCGUGGUUCUGCUCGGCGCCGUGUUGCUGCUGUGCCCGCUAGCCUCCACCUUCCCGGAGCUGGUGGCGUUCAGCGCCGCCCACGGCCUGGUGUACGGCGCCACGGUGGCCGUCCACAUCACGGUGCUGCCGGAGGUGGUGGGCGUGGAGCGGCUGGGCAGCGCGCUGGGCUUCUUCAUGCUGAUCCGCAGCAGCGGAGGCCUGCUGGGGCCGCCCGUCGCUGGUUUCUUCAUUGACAAGAUGGAGAACUACGGGAUGGGCUUCCUCAUGUCCGGAGUGGCCCUCAUCGUGUCCGCUCUGUUCCUCCUCAUUCUGCACCAGAUGAACCAGCAGAGUCAGAAAACGGCCACCGAUGCUGCACUCACAGAGAAAAAGAUCUGGAAAAAGUGUUUCUGUUAGAGGGAAAGAACCAGACAUGAAGAACUCUGACUGCGGUUCAUGUUCGGCUCUAAUCUGGAUCCAAAAAUCAGCCGGUCAGCAGAGGUCAGAGCCGGUAAAUUAGGUCAAGCUAAUCAUAAUCUGCAGGAUCAGCUCUGUGGUCAGGAACAGAAGAUAAAUGCUGCGUGAGUCGGUAAAUGUUUGGGGUUCUUAUGAACUCAGCUUUUUCCAACAAUGCUUAGUAAUUAAUUGUAUACUGGACAGUUUUCAUGGUCAUAGCGGCACGUUCAGAUGUUUCCUAACAACCGUGGCUCCACUUAAAGAGAAAUAAACAGUUAUUGCAACGAAUCAUCAUUACAAGAAAAUAUUCUACCAGGUUUGAGUUUAUGUAACUGAAGCAAUGUCGUUUCUAAAAUGUAAGAUCUAACAUCAACUUUCAUCUGUUUGUAGUUUUUAUUAAACAAGUUCAGUUCCCCCGUGAGUUCAAGUUUAAGGAGAACUUGGACUUUUUUCUGGAGCUGAAAAAAAAACAUUUUUAUGCUCAUUAAAAAAAGUUUUCUGUCAAUUUUAUUAAAAGUAUAAACUGUUUCUCAACGUGGUUCUUCCUUUGUUGCUUCGUAAAGGUUUACUAAAGUUUAAAGCUCGUCUGUGGCGCCCUCUAGUGGCAGUCUGCUGACAUUACAGCAUUUAUAAAAA